AUGACGGUCUCUCCUGCUGCGAGCGCUACUGUUAGCCCGCCGAUUCCGACCCACAUCAUAGCCGAGGAUCUGGCCCGCUUCCAGGUCUCCCCGGCGGCGUAUAUCCAGCACUGCAGGCCCGACCUCGACCGGCUCGUAGUCGGUGCCGUGGUCGUACACCACGACCAGAUGCUGCUCAUCCAACGCAGCCGCCACGACUGGGGAGGACUCUGCUGGGAAAUCCCAGGCGGCAUGUGCGAAGAGCAAGACACGAGCGUGCUAGGAGCUGCGUGCCGUGAGCUCGAGGAGGAGGCCGGCCUGCGAGCCACGGCAAUCCUGAAGCUCGUGGACGAGAAGCCAUUGAAAUCAAGCGACGAUCUAUCCUGGGGGAAGGUGACGUUCCUGGUGCAGGUCGAGCAGGCAGCUGACGGCGCAGCGGCUAAGCCGGCGGUAACCCUCGACCCUCUAGAACACGAGGACUACGUGUGGGCAACGGAAGAGAACUUGCUGGCUGGGUCUUGCGGUGACAGGACAUUCAGGUGGAUUGAUGACUCACAGAGAGAUACCAUCUUGAAAGCUUUCAGGAUAGCAAAGCACUCGUCAAAAUUGGCAGGGAAAAACGGCAUCAUGGAGGAUACAGCAUAG